CAGGUAAUUACAUGCAUAUCUUCACGAAUUCUUAUCGCCAUACAUAUAUGUGUCUUGUUUGAUUUAUCGAUUCAAUCUAGAAAUUACAAAAACUCGCUUAAAUUUCGCUAUCUCGCUGCUCCAAGAUUCAAGAAGGUACUUACUCCGUUUUAUGAGUCUUGGUCGUCAUUCUCUUAGCUUGGAUCUUGCGACGAUAGAGCGACACUACAGCCAACUACGGCUAGACCACGAGGCUAGAGAAGAAGUGCUUGAAGUAGAGUUACCGGUCAUCAGGUCAUGGCUAACCAACGCGACCGAAGAAGUCUUGCAGAUUAUAAUAUGCCUACCAUGGACGCAUUACAAUCUAGUAUCCGUCCUCCACCGAUUACUGCGAGUAGCUUUAGAAUCAAGCCAUUUAUCAUCUCAACUAUCCAGCAGUCAGCAUUUUGCGGUUUACCCCAUGAAGAGCCGACUACUCACAUUGCCGCAUUCUUAGAGAUAUGUGACCUUUUGAAGUAUGAUGGUGUUUCCGAGGAUGCUGUGCGAUUGAGAUUGUUCCCGUUCUCUGUGAGAGACAAGGCGAAGUCAUGGUUGAGAUCGCUACCACCGAACUCCAUCACUACAUGGGAUGACCUUGUCAAAAAGUUCCUUUCCAGGUUCUGUCCCCCAGCGACAGCACAUAUCCGAAAUGAAAUUACGUCGUUUGCUCAAUAUGAUGCGGAACCCUUCUAUAAAGCUUGGGAGAGAUACAAAGACUUAUUGAUGAAAUGUCCACAUCUCGCCUUGCCCACUUGGCUGCAAGUCCAAUCAUUUUACAAUGGGUUGAAAAGUGCUAGCAAGACGAUGAUUGAUGCUGCAGCAGGUGGAGCACUGAUGGGAAAGAUAGAGACGGAGGCAUAUAAGUUGCUAGAUGAGAUGGCCCAGAUGGAGGCAUAUGAGUUGCUCAAUGAGAUGGCCCCCAAAAGGUAUCAGUGGCCGAAUGAGCGGUCAAAUCUAAAGAAGGGAGACAUGCUUGAAUUUGAUGCCGUUUCAGCUUUAUCUGCUCAAAUAGCCACCCUUGCGAAGAAGCUUGAUACAAUGAGCAUGAAUGCAGUACAAAGCACAAGUGCUAGUGUGAGCUGUGAUUAUUGUGCUGGAAGGGUAAACACUCUUUCCGUCAACACAUACCAGUCCCAAGAGAAAAAGCCUGACUUAGAAGAACUUAUAGCAGAACUAACUGGAAGUGUAAACACUCUUUCCGUCAACACGUACCAGUUCAUGAACAAGACGGAUCAGUUCAUGAACAAGACAGAGACUGCCCUUCAGAAUCAAGCAGCAUCAAUCCGAAACUUGGAGUUACAAGUGGGUCAACUUGCAAAUACACUGAUUGGACGAGAGAGAGAGGAGCACUUCCUAGCCAAUCUGAAGUAAACCCAAAAUGGAAAGAACAAGUGAAUGCUAUGGCACUUUGGAAUGGGAGACCAGUGUAGACAGCUGUGGACUUAGAGGCAGAGAGGGCUGAGAAGCCGAACAUAAGUCGCUUGGUUUGUUAAUGUAGUAACUCUUCUCGAUGCAUGAAAUUGUAUCUUUAAUUGUGAAAUUAUUGUCGUGAUACACUAUGGUUUACGUUUGAAGGAAGAUAGGUUCAUUGCGACAAUGCCAUUACAUAUCUGGAUCUCAUUGCAUAUUAAAGAUGUGAUAUUAAUUUGUUCCUGCA